AUGAUUAAAAUUCUCCUUCUCCUGGCCUUCAUUUUUCAGGGCAGCGAGGCUCUUCCUAUAGGAGUAGCUAAGCCUGCACCUUCUACAACUAUCAUAGGGGCUGCCCUAGGCAUAGGGCUAGUCGUCUUGGUUCCCACUCUAGUCUGGGUGGGGAUGAUCACCCGUCGACACAUUCGACGGUGGAGAUUCAACCGGAAAAGGGCAGCAUGGCGCCACCAAAUGGCGCAGGAUAUACGUGCUAUGAGGGCAGCAGAAGAGGCAAGCAUAGUCAAAAUCCCGAGGUUCGCAGUUGGCCAAACCGUGACACAACCAGAACGCUGUGUCGUCAGAGACAGCCCGCCUCCUGCAAGCCCGGCAACCAGCCUACACACCAUUCCGGAAGACGAUGGCUGCUAG